UCCAACCGCAGUAGGAGUAUAAAAAGUUAACUUUUCCGUUCUAGAAGACCAGCAAAAUCGAGUUAGUGACAGCUGCCUCAUCAGUCAAACCUUUCUUUGGGCUUCGUCCUUCCAUUACUAUCAGCAAUUGGUAGCCGGAUAAUCCGGGGAGCUUGACAGGCCGUGAGUAUAUAUCCCUGCAGGCCGUGAGUUAACUCCAGUGGAUGAGAGAGAGAGAGAGAGAGAGAGAGAGAGAGAUGGGGAGGAGUAGUGAAGAAGAGCGUGAGAUUGUGAUAGUAGGCGGUGGGAUCUGCGGCCUUGCCACCGCGCUUGCUCUACACAGGAAGGGAAUAAGAAGCGUGGUUCUGGAAAGAUCAGAGACACUAAGGGCUAGUGGCGCGGGUAUUGCGAUAUUGGCUAACGGCUGGCGCGCCCUUGAGCAGCUUGGCGUUGCCUCUCAUCUCAGACAAACUGCUCUUCCUAUUGAACGGUCUCAAGAUGUAGGGUUUGGCAAGGUGAUACCGUGGGUGACUGGUGAAGCUCGAUGCUUGAAGCGGAGUGACCUUAUUGGGACACUAGCAGAUGCAUUGCCACCUGGUACAAUACAUCUUGGACGCCAAAUAGUAUCUGUUAAGCUGGAUCCCUCAAACUCUUAUCCAAUUCUCCAACUUCUUGAUGGCAGCUCUAUUGUGGCCAAGAUUUUGAUUGGAUGUGAUGGAGCAAAUUCAGUGGUGGCUAACUUCCUUGAGUUAAAGCCAACAACAGAAUUUGGCCUUUGUUCAGCGAGGGGUUUGACGAAUUAUCCAAAUGGUCAUGCCUUUGCCCAUGAAGUUGUUCGAAUGAGGAGAAAUGACAUUUUGAUGGGAAGAGCUCCAAUCGAUGAUAAGUCAGUGUAUUGGUUUACGGCUCUUCAAUUGACUCGUGAAGAUCACGCAAAGGUUUCCCACCAUCCGGAGCGUAUUAGAGAGUUGAUCCUACAUUCAUUUAAUGGUUUCCCAGCUGAACUCGUGCAAAUUAUCAAAGACAGUGAGCUUGAGUCGUUAUCUUUAACACACUUGAGAUACCGGGCCCCAUGGGAUUUGGUACUUGGAAAGUUCCGAAAGGGGACAGUGACCGUAGCCGGAGAUGCCAUGCAUGUUAUGGGUCCGUUCCUCGGACAAGGGGGCUCAGCAGGUCUAGAAGAUGCCAUUGUUCUUGCGAGAUGUUUGUCACAAAAAUUUGCAAAAACAGUUGAUAAUCCGUUUACAAUUGAAAGCAAAACGAUGACGAGGAUGAUGAUGCACGGAGUUGGAAAAGCAAUGGAUCAAUACCUGAAAGAACGGAGGAUGAGGGUGGUGCUAUUAUCAACACAAACAUAUCUGAUCGGUUCACUAGUGAAACCUUCCUCACUAUUGGUAAAAUUUGCUUGUAUUAUUGUCAUGGUGCUUCUCUUCAGUAACCCAACCAAUCAUACUCGAUAUGAUUGCGGGCUUCUAUGAUGUUUAGACUUCACCUACAAUUACUCUGUUGCUAAAGAUGCUAUAUGGUAGUAUAAGGGACGUUAUUUAUGUUGAAAACAAUCAUAUGUUUUCAUA